CACAGCCACACCAAUCCGAUUGAUAACGGCAGUAUCCACCUUCGAAGGGCACUGCGUACACGAUCAGAAUGGCUCGACUAUCGGUACCGGUACGCCCACGGCACCGCUCGAGGACGUUCGCCGUAUUCAAGUGGUGGAGUGUUGGCUGCUGCUGGUGGGCGACGAACGCUAGAGCCUUUCGGCUGUCGCGUGUCAUCUGUACACCGUCCCGAUCCCGAUUUCAACACAUUCGACUGCAUAGUCGAGCUACCAAUACCCUUGUCGAACAGAAAGUCGAAUUAUCCACCGGCGUCUCCAUGCAAGUACUUUCCAUGGUACCGUCUCGAAAGACGGACAAACCGAUGCUACUCUUUUUGCACGGCUCGUUUCACGGAGCCUGGUGUUGGAGUGAACGGUACUUCGAAUAUUUUACUCAACGCGGAUAUCCGGUCGUCGCGCCAAGCUGGCGUGGAACGGGAGGAACCUACGCCGGCGAUGGGGUCCAAAAAGUCCAAAUUGGACAGCACGUGGAAGAUUUGCGUGCCUUGCUGACGGACCCGCAACGACAUCUCUCCCGCAUGGUAGACAGUUCGUCCUCUGCAGUGCAAUUGCGACCCGUCGUCGUAUCGCACUCGUUUGGUGGUCUGGCCGUGAUGAAAAUGCUCGAGGAAGAUAUCCAGACGGCCACAUGGUUGCGGGGGAUCGUUAAUAUGUGUGUCGUGCCACCUUCGGGGAACGGCAAAAUGACUCUGCGGUAUUUGCAACGCUCACUAUCGGACAGCUGGAAAAUUACGGCAGGAUUUGCCAUGAAACGGUGCUUAACCGAUACCAAGUUGUGUCGGGAAUUGUUCUUUGGUGGCGACAAAAUCACCUUACCCAACGGCACCAUCGAAGACUACGGCGUAUCGGAUGCGGACAUUCUCCGCUACCAAUCCUACUUUGCCCGGGAUUCACAAGCAACUAUUGACUUGUUGAAUCUGGGCAAACAGUUGCCGUCCUCUUCCACCGAUCGAAACGGCAUGGCCUUUUUUGUACCGCACUUGCCGCCGCGGGUAGUCAUGGGCGCCACGGACGAUUUUAUUGUUGAUCGGGUUGGACUCGAAGAGACAGCCGUCUACUAUGACGCGGGGGCACCCAUUCUGAUUGACUCGCCUCACGACAUCAUGCUGGGUGCCAAGUGGGAAAACGGAGCAUUAGCUGUGGAAGACUGGCUCAGUAGCAACAUUGUUCCAGGGCCAGACUCUAGUUGA